CCUCCGCGAAGAAGAGCAUUCUCCGCCCUGCUUGAAACUGAAACCUAAAGAAGAUACAUUGUUUUUCCCUGGAUCAACAACAUUGAUGCCAGAGUAACAUUCUGUCAUGGAUAAAGAAUCAGAAACAUCAAACCAUCAGCUGCUGAGGUGCUUGAAACCAAAGUUGAUUGACAUCUUGAGUGCUGAUCCCGAAUUACUUCUGCAGCAUGCACACUCUCGCAAGCUUGUGACAGAAAAUGGGUACAAGAAGGUCAGAGCCCAACAGAUUUCAACUGAGAAGGUGACAACUCUACUGGAUCUGAUAUACGACGGAGGGCCUAAGGUCUCACACGGUCUGCUGGAACUGCUGAAGGAAGAUACCUUUCAGGAGAACUUCCCAAGACUGUCUAUCCUGGUGAACCCAGACCCAGAAGAAGCAUCAAAGAGGACCACUGAGGAUUCAGCACAACAGUCAAGAUCUACAAAUCAACCAUGCAUGAGUGUUGUCUCUAAAAUAGUGACACAGAAACAGCUGCUGAAGGUGGCUGGUGCGAUGUCCAGUACCUGGAAGGAAGUUGGAAUACAGGUGCUGGAUAUUAGCAGCGAGAAGUUGGAUGCGAUUGAAGCGGAAAAUAACACCCAAAAGAUGCGAGCAUUUCGCAUGCUGCAAACUUGGCGUUCUCGUAAAAGGGAAAAUGCCACAGCAGCCAAGCUGCAUGACCUCCUCAGCCAUGAGGAUUUGGGCCUUGACCCUGAGGUGUUAGAUUCUCUACUGGAGAGCAGUUGAGUCAAGCACUAUUCCUUUCAUUAUGUUUACAUGCACACCGUACUACCACUAUAUCUUAUUAAUCAGAUUUGUAGACUAAUCAUGGCAUUCACAUGUUACAGAGCCCAUCACGUGCCCUCAAAAUGUUUUAUUUCCCUAAUUUGAUCCAACAUAAAAGAUGCCUCCUCGUAAACGUUCAAUACAUCUUCGAAAUGUAAGGCAAAAACAAAGCACCGCUGGUUCAUGCAGUGGUGAAGGGUAUGACUAGGUUGUUGUUAUGAUCUAAAGCUACGCUCUUGCUUUUUAACCACAUACCUUUAGACACACUUGGGAAAUUGGGAUCUUGGACCAACUCUAGUAAAUGUAUACAAUGCAAUAUUCUAUACUACUUUCAAGUUGAAUAAUUUUUAAUUUUAUAUAAAGCCUAUAUUUUACGUUGCUGUGUCAUUUCUGUUACACUGCUUUUUGAUGCGAAUUGGUCCGUGCAAAUGAUACAUUGAUUUUUGGGGGAGCCAUAAGGGUCUUAAGAAAUACAGGUAUUUUCUAUUCUGUUUUCUACAAGCGUAACCACUUUUUUUAUCAAUAAAUAAGAAAGCAGACAGUUGUUGAUGGCAGAAACUGACUUUACAAAUUACUCAAUAACUAAUUAUUAAAGAGGUGCUCUAGGUCUGAUUUUGGAGCUAGGUUUUCAGUAUAAAAAUAAAAAAAACAUGUCAGAAGUUCCUAUUUAUUCCUGCGGAGUCCUCCAGCAUAUAUUGAAUUUAAGCAUAUCUCAUCUCUAUUGGCCAGUUAUUAUAAAUUUAAAAUUAGGUUUUUGUAAAUUGCAAAAUCAACUUUGAUCAGCUCAAACAGCUGCACAUCACUGAAGUCACAAAAUGAAGACAAAAAUAAACACAAACAUUUUGAUCCUGAUUGACAGCUUCUAUUUAAAAAAGAAAACGCGUACUAUUAAAAGACAAAAGAAAAACUUUAAUGUCCCAAAGGAAACAUGGUUUGGACACAGAAUCUACUGUAUUGGACCUUCCAUUCCAGACAAGACCAAUUCCAAAAAUUCCUCUUGGUAACGAAAAUGACCGUCUCAUGAAGCAAUGAUUCCUCUAUAUUGUCCAAGUUCGAAUAUCCUUCAAAUGUUUGUCAGACUGAACCAUCCCACUUACCAACCAAUGGAUAAACUGCACUGAUAGGCUGCUGAUGCAGAACCCCCCCCCAUCUAUUCGGGCACUCAUUGACUGCAUCUUAAUUCACCUUCUAGACGUUAAACCCAGUCAUACCCCCCACUCCGAAGGGAGGGAGCAGUGGCCAUCGCUCCGUUAGACGUCUUCGUGUUGAGGGGGCGUCUCGAUGGCUCAUGAGAUCACAUCAGGACGGGUGAGGGUCCCCCGGUUGUGUGUCAUACAUGUUGUGGAUGUAACAUCGUUAGCCUGCCGUUUGAUGAAGAAACGCAAGGACUGAUAGUCCCUCACCAGACAACAGGAAGACCAAGAUGCCAUUCAAUCUGAAUUGUAAAGAUGAAGAAAUAUGUAAAGUGAUGUGAUGGAUGAAACAAAUGACCACAAUGGAAGAGAGUUGUGUAUGCAAUGUUUAAGUCUUACCCGAUGGAUGGAGUCAUAGGGGCCCUCUACUCGGUCUGGUUUGAAAUCAGUGACUUCACGGUGAGUUUCAACCUUCUCUCGCGAUCCUUCGCAUUUCUAAGCUGCUUUUCCAGUUCAUCUAUCCUCUUUUGAGCCUUGAUGACUUUGGAUUUCACUUGUAUCUGGUCAAGUGCAUAGUGAUGAUCCUGUAAAAUAGUUCAUUUUAAAAUUCCUUACCCUUCUUGUCGACGUGACGCUGCAACACAAAACAACACAACGCUGUUGUAUAUUGCGAUAUUUACCGGGAUACUCUUUACAGCGGUUGAUGGGGUGGUGCGUGUCACUCCAGGAACUACUACCGAAACAACGCGCUCUUCGGCAGCUUUCAUGGAGGUCCUGGUCAGUCUGGCUUUAUGAGGCACCUGUGAUGAAUAAACAAGAGGAGAAUUAACAAAAAACAAAAACAUUUUCAAAUAAACAAGACAUAGCCAACAAGGGAGG